UCAAUCACUUUCGCGAGAUAUUUCUAAUUUGAUAACAAAAAAUAAUUAAAACAACAAUAAAAUUAAUAUGUUUUCUUGAUAAAAGCAAGACUCAAUAACAUAAGUGUAAAUCGUACCACCGUUUGUGAUGCAUUUGAUACCUAGUUAAGUGAUUUUAGUUAAUUCGUCGUGUUAUUACAAACCAAUCAGAAGCAUCAGUGACAAUGCGUGCACUGUCGCGCAUGCGCGGAAUAUAGCGUUGUGGAAGGAUCUGCCUGGACCGAUUCAGCCCUCCGUAUGGCCUAUCGCCACCUUAAUUCCAGCAGGGUACAUAAUGACAGACUACACCGUUAGGAUAGCAGCCGAGUCUCUGCUAGGAGGCAGUUCGCAGUAUAGGACAUUAUCUCAUUCCCAAUCUGUUAACCUGGUGACAGAGGACCUGGUGGCAGGCCACCGACCAGACGGCAGGAUGUCCACUGUCAGGCGGUUUUUCUGUCUGUUCGUCACCUUCGAUCUGCUGUUCACGAGUCUCAUGUGGCUCAUAUGUGUUAUGAUGAAAGGUGAAACGCUAGAGCAGAUAGUAAACCGAGAAAUAGUACACUAUAGCAUUAAAGUAUCUCUGUUCGACAUAGUGCUGGUGGCGAUAUGUAGGUUCUUCUUACUACUGCUAUUCUAUGGCGUGCUCUAUAUACAUAACUGGAGCGUUAUAGCGCUUACCACGUCAGGAACGUGUGCCUUUUUAAUAGCAAAAGUUUUUGUAUUCGAUUGGCCGAACGCGGCGGAACCGGUGUUCCAGGUGUUCCUAAUCCUGGCCUCGUUCACGCUGUCCUGGGGCGAGGCCUGGUUCCUGGACUUCCGGGUGCUCCCCCAGGAGCUGCAGGCCAAGCAGAUCAUAGAGGCUAUAGCAGGCCACCAUAACCAAAACUCAGAACGGACGCCGCUCUUACCCGGGAAGCCUCAAGGCGUGGCGUCCACAGUAGGAGAGUCUACUGCCCAUUGGUUUUCACCAGUGGAUUCACCCGCCGACACACCUCGGCCGGGGAUACAUCAGCUAAUACUUACACAAGAACAGAUAGACGAAUACAAGCGAAUGGCGGAAGAGAGCAUGCAGCACGCGUACAAAGUGAUAACACUGCCGAACUGGAAGUUUGAGAAACGCGGCGUCACCAAGGGGGACAUAGUGGAAACUAGACAAACGGAGACAUUCGGGAAAGUGUACCGGUUCACUGGCCUAGUAGACUGCCCUGCGGAGUUCCUGUUCAGAGAGUUCAAGGAGAACGUUACCAAACUACCAGACUGGAACCCGACCAUACUGCGGAGUGAACUUAUCAAGGAAAUUGGAUCAGGGAUCGACCUGUCAUACCAAGUGACGGCGGGCGGCGGAAAAGGGAUCAUAGCGCCUCGUGACUUUGUCAUUUUACGGCGUUGCGCGCCGCUCAACAAACAGGGGAUGGUGGUGGAAUCGGACCCCUACAGCUACAUCAGCAGUGGGGUCAGUGUCACAGUGCCCGGGUAUCCCCCCAACAAGGAGUUUGUCAGGGGUAACAACAAAGUGGGUUGUUGGUACUUGAAGCCAGUGCUGGUGAGGAUGCAGGACGGUACGGAACGGUACCAGACGCAGUUCCAGUGGCUCAUGUGCUGUGAUCUCAAAGGUAAAAUCCCCCAGUUCGUGCUAGACGCCGCGUUCGCCACCGUGAUGCUGGAUUAUAUAGUUCAUGUCAGGAAGUUCACGGCCGAAGCCAGGGCCAAAGGCUUGUUCUAACUCUAAUGCUAUUUA